UGCAUUGAAAUGUUGCGUUAAUCCUGACACAUUUCCCCUGAAGACCCCGAGGUUCCUCAGCCUUUAUAAUCCCGGAGUUGGUGGUUCGUCCCACGUGGUUCUCCAGUCCCGUAUAAAAACUUUCCAGAGGCUCAAAAUCGGCACAAUGUCUGUUCGCACGAGAAACGAGCCGAACACACACACACUCACACACUCACACCGAGAGCUAUGAUGAAGAAGUGUAUUGGGAACGAACACUGGAAGUCAAAAUGCCCAACAAAGGAGGACACGAUCUUCAUCUGAAGAACUAAAAGGCGAAUGAUUAUUUGGAAAUACUGUGGUCUCCUUCUUUGACUGGUUUACACUCGCUUCCCUUCACCAUGGAUGACUUUAACUCAAUAGAGUGAAGAAAUCAUAACAGCUCCUUUGUUUAGUCUGUGGGGUUUCACACGCGUAAUACUGAGAUUUCCAGUCAUGCCAUGACGCAUCAGACGCGUGCGUAAAAGUGCCAUUCGCGGCUGUAUGUGGACAGAUAUCAAGAGCUCUGGUUGCUUUAUUAUUUACACCUCUCACAUUUAUCAACUUUGAGAAAUUCUGAUGGUGUGACGAGCCGUGAUAUCGAUCACGAAUUGUGUUGAAAUCAUUGGCGGAGUGACCAAAGAAUCAACCGCAGGAACACAAUACAGACGUUUACAGGAUUUAUCGCGUUUGCGUUUAACUCGACUCGAACCGGAUCUCCUUUAAGAGUGGAUUUAACACUUUAAAGUCACACUUUUUUGGGAGAAAAGAAGGCGGAUACGAACUUGGCCGCAAUCAUCUCCAUCACCCUGUUCUGUUGAUUAUCACGGAAGAUGAAAAGCUUGAUAUUUGAAGUGCUUUGUUUUGUGUCCAUCCUCAUCUCCAUCCGCUGCACACCGGCACCGGACACCGAAUCCGCAAACAUCAGCCCGAGCUGCGCGUCCUGCGGGCUCAGCCAGGCGGAUGGAGGCACUCUGGUGGAUGUGGAUUUGUUGGAGGCGGUGAAGAGACACAUUCUGAGCCGGUUACAGAUGCGGGACAGACCCAACAUCACCCACCCCAUCCCGAAGGCGGCGAUGGUGACCGCGCUCAAGAAGCUCCACGCCGGGAAGGUGCGCGAGGACGGGAGAGUGGAGAUCCCAAACCUGGACGGACACGCCGCGUCCGCGAACGAGGUGGAGGAGGAGACUUCGGAGAUCAUCAGCUUCGCCGAGACAGACGAAUUGCUGACCUCCAAAACCAGCCUGUUUUUUGUGAUCUCCAACGAGGGCAACCAGAACCUGUAUGUAUCCCAGGCCAGCCUGUGGUUGUACUUCAAGCUUCUUCCUAAUGUUCUGGAGAAAGGCUCGAGGAGGAAGGUCACGGUGAAGGUUUAUUCGCAGGAACCGGGACUCGGGAGCAAGUGGAACUUGGUGGAGAAGCGCCUGGAUCUCAAACGCAGCGGAUGGCACACUUUUCCACUGACGGAGGCCGUGCAAAUGGUUUUUGCCAAAGGCAAUCGCCGGCAGAACCUGGAUGUGCGGUGUGAAGUGUGCGAUAAGAUGGGCGUCAUGCCUAUUCUGGUGAACACGGCCGACGAAUCCCAUCGUCCAUUCCUUGUGGUCCAAGCACGAGCGGCCGACAACAAACACCGCAUCCGCAAACGAGGCCUUGAAUGCGACGGCAGCAGCAGCUUGUGUUGCCGCCAACAGUUUUACAUCGAUUUCCGCCUCAUCGGCUGGAACGAUUGGAUCAUCGCCCCAUCAGGGUACUUUGGGAAUUAUUGCGAAGGGAAUUGUCCGGCGUACAUGGCCGGAGUUCCCGGAUCGGCUUCGUCUUUCCACACGGCCGUCGUGAACCAAUACCGCAUGCGAGGAAUGAGUCCGGGAUCCAUGAACUCCUGCUGCAUCCCGACCAAACUGAGCACUAUGUCCAUGCUGUACUUCGACGACGAAUACAACAUCGUGAAACGGGAUGUGCCCAACAUGAUCGUCGAGGAGUGUGGCUGUGCUUGAGACUUCCAAAAUAUCAUAGUAAGAAACUAAUAUUUAUGACUCAUCCGUGCUCACAAAUCCACAUGCACACCCCAACUCUUCCAUGCAUCUUUGUACAUAUAUUUAUGUUCUUUAAUCAUUGAGCAAUUUAGUUCCAGUCUACAGGUUUGUACGAUUAUGUCACAUCAACGGGAUGGGAUUGUUUUUAUCUCUGUUUACACUUUUAAAAACAAAGUUUCUUUAUUGGCAUCGAUGGUCAUCCAUUAGACAAGAGGUUCUUUAGAUUACUAAAAUGUUCUUCACACUGGUUCUUUUAAAGAGAUAGUUCAGCCAAAAAUGAAAAUUUGCUGUUAAUUUACUCACCCUCAGGCCAUCCAAGAUGUAGGUGACUUUUUUCUUCAGUAGAGCAGUGAAAAAGAUUUUUAGCUGAAACCAUGGUCCUUGGUGAUCCAUAAAAUUCAAGUCAGCGGUAAGCAAUUUGAGAAUUAAAAAAGCAUAUACAGGCAAAAUUAAAUGAAUACCGGUGGCAUCUGAAGAUAUAUUGAGUUCUUAUGAAGUGAAACAAUCAGUCUGUGCAAGAAUUUUUUUUUAAAGAUUUUUUACAACAUUAUUUCAUGUAAUCCAGAGCUUCAGGCAAACUGGGAAAUCUGAGUCUUUUCCAUAAAUAGGUUCAUUUCGAUGACCUGAUUCAAUUCAGUAGUUCAUUUACAUAAUGAUGCAAUGACGUCACGUAUACGAAAUUAUAUUAUUAAAGCAUCCAAUAAUGAUGUGAAACCUGGAUGUUUUGCAUGUCUAAAGCAUAUAAAGUGAACAAACUAGUCUUAAUCAGCUCAACAUUUUACAUAAACAAUGAGAAAUAAACAUUCAUUUCACACCUUCAUUCAAGUGUUUGGUUCAUGCAUGCACAUAUCAGCGGCCCAUCGGUCUUUGGUCCAAAUUGAACUCUUUCCUCAGUUCAGUGACUGUUGGAGGAACUGAAGCACUGAAUGAUUCAUUCAUCAUAGGAUCAGAUACAAUGCUAUUUUGGCUCAUUUUGAGUCGGAGUGACUGUCAGGCAUCCGAGAGAGAGUUUUGAUUCAGUAAAUGUAGAUUUGUGCUGCUUGAGCCACAAACUGUUUCAGACCGUUCAGUUCAAACUGGUGAAUUGAUUUAGCUAACUCACUAAAAUGAACCGGUUCAAAAAAAUCAUUCAUUUGUGAACUGGACAUCUCUCUGGACCGUUUGCCUGAGGCUCUGGAUUACAAGUAAUAAUGUUGUAAAUAAUGUUCACAAGUUGAUUGUUUUGCUUCACAAGACCUCAAUAUAUCAUCAGGAGCCACGGGUAUUAAUUUUGCAUUCCUUGAUAUGCUUUUUUUAAUUCUCUGCAUUGCCUGAAUUACCAAGGACCACCAUUUCAGCUAAAGAUCUUCUUUACUGUUCCACUGAUGAACGAAAGUCACCUACAUCUAGGAUGGCCUGAGGGGGAGUAAAUUAACAGCACAUUUUCAAUUUUGGGUGAACUGUCCCUUUAAGAACUUGGCUGAAAGAUUUUUUGGGGAACCAAAAAUGGUUCUUUUAUGGCAUCUCUAAGAAAGCCCCCUUUUGAAACCUUUAUUUUUAAGAGUGUAGUUUGGUUCUUCUCUUUAAAAAUGGAAAGAGGAGGGGUGAUCUUCUCAAAAGACUUUUAUAUCUGUGUACCUUCCCGAAAAGCACUGACCAUCUUCUCAAAGCAACGCCAGCACUUCCCACAUUGAGUCUAUUGAGUGACAACCAGUCCAUUUAAGAGCAUCCAUCUUCAACGAUUGUCUGCAAAGAGCUACAACAAUCUUUGGGUUUCUUGACAGACAUGAGAUCCAUUCAUGAAUCAUGAGGCGUGUUUUGUUAUGUCUCGGUUGUGAUUAUUCAUGCAACAAGCCGAAGACACGCUUCUGAAACACAAGCGAAUCCAGUGAUCUCAUAAAUCGCCAAACUCUUCAGUUACAUCAUGGUGCAGCAUAGCACUUGCAAAAAAAUAUUGAAAAUGCACAAUAUAAAGCACUUGCAGACUUAAAAAUGCCUUCGAAGGUACCAAGUGGCACGCCUCAUUCACGAUUCCUCUGAAAUAAGUGCCGCACAAGCUAUGCAAUGUAUAGUAGUGACCUACACCGGAUGACCCACUUGUUAUAAAACGUUUUCAAUACUUGAAAUGUAAACUUUCGCUUCCUACUCUGAGCGGAUGGUUGUUACAAUGUUUGCACUGAAGUUGCAUUAUUAGUAAAGAAAAAAUCUGCCAUUGAAGAAAAAAAAAGAAAAGUUAUUUUUAUAGAAGCUGAAACUGAAUUCUGCUCAAAUGUAUUAUACCGAAUUAUGGAACCAAAGAGGCCAAGAUUUUAGCUAUUGUGAGAUGGCAAGGCCAUCGGAUUCUUUUGUAAAAUACUUUUUAAAUGCGCAAGAGGCCUAAACAAUGUAUCAGGGUACAACAGAUGGAUUCCAUUUUCAAGUUGUUGUUUUGUACAGUAGAUAAAUGGAAUAUUUCAUAUUUUUCCAUCAACUUAAUUUUUUUUUUUUUUUUUUUUUUCAGUUUUCUAUUUAAUACUUCUGUAGCGUCUAUUCCGGAAUCGUUUAAAGUCAAAUACAUGCCAUCUCUGUACAGCUUAUGUAAGAUAAAAAUGCUUUUAAAUAUUUUGUUCUUUGUAACUGUUAUAAAAUAAAUUUCUUAUACUGCAUCAAAAUUGACUUGUGUUACUUUUACAUUCAUGUUUAUGCAUUUAGCAGACGCUUUUAUCCAUUGCAUUCAAGGUAUGCACUUUAUCAGUUCGUGCAUUCCCUGGGAAUCAAACCCAUGGCGUUACUCAUGCCAAGUUUGUGGGUUUGAUUCCCAGGAAAUGCAUGGGCUGUUGUAUUAGAUUUUGUUCUCUUGAACACAUGGGAUGGAAACAGUGCCUUAUUCACAAAUGUUUUAUGUAAUAGUCCAUUUUUUUGCAUAUAUUCUGGGUGUCGAACCCAAAAGUAUUACUAGUGCCAAGAUCAUGGGUUCGAUUCCCAAGAACUGUUGUGUUAAUAUUUCUAAAUAGAUACUGUAUUUGCUAAGGCAAGCUACGGUAGCUAUGUUUGCAUCCACUUACUUUACACUUACCACAAUUUUAAUCAAAGUUACACCUUUAGAAAAUGCAAUGCAUUAAAACACAUGACAAACAACCAAGUCAUGACAGAUUUUCUACUCGAGUCCAAACUGAACAACACUGACCACGUCACUUUAAAGCUCUGAACAUCCCAGAUCCGUCAUCACUG